GUCAGUGAUGCGCUGGUGUCGGUAGGCGUCGGGUGUGUCUCGCUUGGUUGUCGUCCCGCUGUCGUAGCGCGCCUUCCCAGCGACUGACUGUCUUAACGCACUUCGCGGAAAGGAAUCACUCGUUAGCAACAUACACGUAUAGCCUAACUAUUUUUUUUUUUUUCCCCCACGAAGUGACGGAUAUUUCGCGUUUGUGUACUCCGUGGUGUGCAGUGGACCAACUCAGAACAUCACUCGUGCUCUGACGUCAAAUACGGCACGGACUUGUGGAACUGACAUCCCGGCCCUUGCGGUCCACUCCGAGGGAAGACAAGAAGCUAUUGGACCUCGCGCGGCGCAUCGAUGCUGCAGUGAUGUCUCGGCGGCCCUCGCUGCUGCUGGUGCUCGCCUGCGCUCUGAUUGGCUGCCGCGACGCGCUGGCCAGGCCGACCGCCAGCGAUGUGCAGCUGGAGAACCCGGUGAACCCAGAUGUAAAGGUGCCCAUGGGAGAGCGUCUGAGGUUGAGGUGUUUGUCAGCUCAACCUGCGUCGACCGUUACUUGGUACAAGGAUGACCAACUGCUCCGCAACAAGGAAGCUCAUCAUAUAAGAAUCGCUAAGGAUUUGCUGAAGCUACGCGCGGUGGAGGUCAAGGACGCUGGACGCUACGCCUGCCUGCUGACUCUCGCGCACAAGACGCGACAGUGGCGCAACGUCUCGCUGGCAGUGGUGCCACCUGAACAUCACCCGACCCCGGUGGACGUGGGCAGAAACAUCAUCGCAGACGACGAGGAAGAUGACUUGCACCAUCCGCAAACGCUGAGCCAGGAGGACGCGGACGCCGAGGCAGACGCCAACAGCACGGAGCUGAGCCGCCCGCAGUUCGUGAGGCCGGACAAGAUGAGGGGUCACGUGGGGCUGCCCGCCGGCAACACCCUCCGCCUCAAGUGCCGCGCGGAAGGAAACCCCGCCCCCAACGUGACGUGGUCCUGCAACGGCACGGAGCCCAGCAGCAAGGCCCACUACCGCCGCUGGUCGCUCGUGCUGGACCGCGCGGUGCCCGCGGACUCGGGCAGAUACGCGUGCUUCGUGUGCAACCAGCUGGGAUGCAUCGACUUCUCCUUCGAGGUCGAGAUCAUAGAGCGCCGCAACCACAUCCCUAUCGUAGUACGGCGGCCCGAAAACGCCAGCGUGGCGCGCGGCAACAGCCACACCUUCCUCUGCGAGGUGCGGUCCGACCUGCACUCCCACAUGGACUGGUUCCGGGGCACUGUCACCAAGACCGACAUGAUCGCUUUAAAAGAGAAGGGCGUUGGGGCUUUGAGGGACAUGGUGCAGGCGCAGGACGACACGGCCAACCAGAACCCGCAGUUCCUGACGCUGCUGGACGUGGCGCCCGAGGACGAGGGCUGGUACACGUGCGUGGCGGGCAACAGCCGCGGCAUCACGCACGCCAGCGCCUACCUGCGCGUGCUGGACGAAAAAGCAGACAAAGCAGCAAUGUUCGAGUCUCGAGUGGUGUCUGCUGGGGAGGACGUCACUUUCGCCUGUACUAAAUGGGAAGGCGAUGCCAGAAACAUCACAUGGUACAAGCACAGUCUGGAGCACAACUCCCCGUACACACCGAUUGAGCUGAAAUCGAGCGUGGGCGGUGGAGACACGCUCCUCACCGUGAAGGACGUGAUGGAGGACGACGAGGCGUGGUACACCUGCGUCGUCUGCACAAGCGAGGAGUGCCGAGAUGCCGGCAGCACCAAGCUGCAGGUCCAGCCUCGGCUGGUGUCCAUGUCGCUGGUGGAGGAGCUGGAGGACCCGCACGACGCAGACAAGGACGGAGACUCGUCGUCCACGGCCGGCUCGUACAACGCCACGGAGCAGGCCCGCCCCCCCACCUUCCUCAAGCAGGACAAGAUGCACCGCGUGGUGGCCAAGCCUGCAGGCAACAUGAUGAGGCUCAAGUGCCCCGCGGACGGCAACCCAGCACCGAACAUCACGUGGUACAAGAAUGGUGAAACUCCAUCCAGAAAUCUGGGAUCCAUUCACUACGGCCGAUGGUCGAUGGUCCUCGAGGACCUCAUAACAUUGGAUUCUGGAAACUAUACGUGCGUCGUAUGCAACGUCUACAACUGCAUCAACUUUACCUACAAGGUUGACAUCAUUGAGCGUUUCCCCAGCAAGCCCUACAUCCGCGAUGGUUACCCUCACAAUGUGACGGCAGUUGUGAACUCAACCGUUGAGUUAGAGUGCCCGCCCAUCUCUGACCUUGAACCGUACAUGCAGUGGUUCAAGGUCACGUACCGGCUCACAGGGGAGUACGAGAGGGUGGAAGACAUGACCAACGUGACAUUGAUACAGUCUGGUGGAGAUGACUUACACCCAGAAGUCCUCAUGCUUUACAAUGUGACAUAUGAAGACGAGGGUUGGUACACCUGUGUAGCAGGGAACAACCUUGGCAUCACCUAUGCCAGUGCCUACCUGCAGGUUGUUGAUGACCUGGACCCCGUGGUGUCCGAGCCGCUCCAGCAGCAGUCCACGCUGGUGAAGAUCCUCGCCGGCGUCCUCUGCACCAUGUUCCUGGCCGGCAUUGUCAUCGUCAUCGCGAUCUCCAGGAAGUUCAAGAGGGACGAGAAGAAGAAACUGCAAGCUAUAGAGACGGCACGAGCGGCUGUGGUGACACAGUGGACCAAGAAAGUGAUAGUGGAGAAGCAGAGUCUGACAAACUCUGACGUCCAGGAACCACUGCUGAUGCCGGUGGUGAAGAUCGAGAAGCAGAAGUCGCACAGCACCCACCAGGUGAGCAACUCGUCCGGCUCGGACCUCAUGAUGAUCUCGGAGUACGAGCUGCCGCUGGACUCGGAGUGGGAGUUCCCGCGGGACCGCCUGGUGCUGGGCAAGUCGCUCGGCGAGGGGGCGUUCGGGAAGGUGGUGAAGGCAGAGGCACACGGCAUCGUACCCCAGGAGCCCUCCACCGUUGUGGCGGUCAAGAUGCUCAAAGAGGGCCACACGGACUCGGAGAUGAUGGACCUGGUGUCGGAGAUGGAGAUGAUGAAGAUGAUCGGCAAGAACACCAACAUCAUCAACCUGCUGGGAUGCUGCACGCAGGACGGGCCCCUGUACGUCAUAGUGGAGUACGCCCCCCACGGCAACCUGCGCGACUUCCUGAGGCAGCACCGGCCGUCCUCCGGCUACGAGCCGGCCAUCGGCUUCGACGGCAAGGACAAGAAGACGCUCACCCAGAAGGACCUGGUGUCCUUCGCGUACCAGGUGGCCAGGGGCAUGGAGUACCUCGCGUCCAGGCGGUGCAUUCAUCGCGACCUGGCUGCCAGGAACGUGCUGGUGAGCGACAGCUACGUCCUGAAGAUUGCGGACUUUGGCCUGGCGAGGGAUGUGCACUGCCACGACUACUACCGCAAAACGACAGACGGGAGGCUGCCCGUGAAGUGGAUGGCCCCCGAGGCUCUGUUCCAGCGGGUCUACACCACGCAGUCUGACGUGUGGUCGUAUGGGAUACUUCUGUGGGAGAUCAUGACGCUGGGUGGAACGCCGUACCCAUCCGUGCCAUCAGUGGAGAAACUUUUCCAGCUUCUGCGAAGUGGGCAUCGCAUGGAGAAGCCACCAUGCUGCUCUCUUGAAAUCUACAUGUUGAUGAGGGACUGCUGGAGCUACCAGCCCAACGAAAGGCCCACAUUCAAGGAACUGGUCGAGGAUCUGGACCGAAUCCUCACCAUCACCGCUAACGAGGAGUACCUGGACCUGGGGCUGCCACAGCUCGACACUCCGCCCACAAGUCAGGAAACAAGUGAAGAUGAGGAGGCCUUCCCGUACCUGCUUUAAACCAAUCCCAAAAGUAAUAACUGCCUAAACCAAUACCGUGAGUGAGGUGCCAGAGGACUUGGAAAAGGUUGUGUGGAUGUGCCUGGGAAAAGGACUUUUACGAAGGGACGUCAAGAGCCAAGGGCACAGUGCAUACUGACCCGGUGCGUUAGAACCAGCUUUGCAUCAAAGCUUGUUGAGACUAUGUGCGAAGUGUAUUAUAGGCAUAAAUUUAUUUUUUUAAACUUGAGUGUCUCGUACUGGCCGUCACGUGUUCGAGAUCAAGGGUCGUGCCUGAGUGGCGAGUGGAACGGGAAAGUAUUUGCAAGUGCGACUUUUAUAUCUCAACAAGACUGUGUGUAUUCAGUUGCUGCAGAAAGAAUAAUGUUUAUAAGACGACGAUAAGUUACCACUUCAGGGGUUACAAUGAUUUUACUUUGCUGCUGGGAAAUUAGUAAAAAGAUUGUAUAUUAAUAUUUUUCUAUAUGACAACCUGAUCUUAACAUUUACGAACAGGAAGCAGCAAAUGUGAGUUGCAAGUUCUUGCAAGAUGAGCAAGAAGAGUUUUGAUAUUAAUUUCAGACGGUUCUAUCAGUGUGCCAUUAAGUUUGUAAAAACUUUUACUAUGAACUUUUGCAUUAUAUAUAUUGAUACUGGCAGAGGCAACAAAGUAAAAAAGUGUAAAAUUGUUCUUUUAAAAUUAACAUAUCUUGUAUCAUCUUAGUUAGCUUUAUUGGAACAGUACAAUUACAUUUAAAUGUUUGAUCCCUGUUUCAAUCUUUUGUGAAAAAGUCACCUAAGCAUUCACACAUAAAUCAUUACUUUGCAAUGGGAACUAUAUAAGUUCAGCUAUGUAAUUAGCCUGUACUAUGUUUGUAAUUAUAAUUAAUUUUAUCACUUUAGUGUGAUUAUUUUUAAAAAUGUAACUACACAGUUUUUAGCUUUAAGUAACUUGUUCAUGCAGUCUUAAAACCGCUUUUCAGCACUAAGUUACCUUUUUAAUUUCAGUAACAGAAGAGUUUGGAUAAAGUAGGAAAGACCUGUACGGGACUGGGUUAUUAAAUAUUUCAUAUAGCUAUGGACAAUACAAUACACAAUACAGUAUAACAUAUCAGCAGAUCGAAUAAUGGGAUUUACAGGUACUCAACUUAUUGUUGGUAGUACUGCUUCAGGUGGUCAAUCUUGCACAGUAUCGAUACCAGGGUGUACCAGAUCAUCACAUUUGGUCUCAAAUCCUGCAUACCAUCUACUGAAAAUUACAAAUCUCAACUGUUGCCAUGCAGGGCCAGGCAAAGAGUCACGUUGAUCAUGUGUCACUAUUUUAAAGAGAAAACGGACAGAAGCGCAGGUGCUAAACACUUAUCUGAAAUCUGAUAGUCCAUUCAGAAUUUCAAAAGUACUAGAUGCAACACAAUACUUCAACUAACCUAAAUCAUUCUCUGCUGUUAAAUUAUUACUGUCCUUAAUGGUUUUGUUACAAUUUUCUGAUACAGUUUUACAUUUCAAUUUCUUUUUAUUAUUACAAAUGGUUUAGUGUCAUGUGGUUAAAAGAAAACGUGCUUGAAAUGCCAAUAAACUGAGAAUAUAUAUACAUACACACACACACACACACACACAAAAUAUAAUAUUGUGUAGUGGGACCAAAUUAUUACUGUCCUUAAUGGUUUUGUUACAAUUUUCUGAUACAGUUUUACAUUUCAAUUUCUCUUUAUUAUUACAAAUGGUUUAGUGUCAUGUGGUUAAAAGAAAACGUGCUUGAAAUGCCAACAAACUGAGAAUACACACACACACACACACACACACACACACACACACACACACACACACACACACAAAAUAUAAUAUUGUGUAGUGGGACCAAUUCAAAGGCAAUUCUGAUAGAAAAUUAUUCACAGAUAAAUCAUAUCUUUGUGAAUAGCCAUAUUCAAGUUUUUUUUAAUCCAAAACAAUUUUUUUAAAUGCCAAAGUCAAGAAAAGUCUGACAAAAUCUUUCGUAGUCAGUAUUUGCCAAAGAAGUGCAUGAUACAGUGAUAAACACAUAUUCCUUUUCUUGAUUAUCAGUUAGCACUUGGAGAAUUAAGAUACAUUAUACCACACACAGAUAAUACUUCAGAUUGGAAGGAAUUAUUAUUUUAUAAUUAUUAUGAGGUCAUAUACAGACAGUGUAUAAAUAACUAAGGUCAAAACACUUGAUUUUUUAUUGCAAGUUAACAAUUGUGAGAUAUAAUAUAAGAGUUAAGCUGUUGAUGAGUAUUAUUAAACCUUUAUUUCUCAAUUCAUUUUGUAAGACUUAAUGAUAGUUUUGAUGUAUAAAUAUAUUUGAUCGCCACUGAUAUUUUAGUGUGUAUAAAAGUUGCCAGAAAAUAAAGAGAGCAAAUAAUAUUUUUAAGUUGAACCCAACAAAAUGUCAAGUUGUUAUAAUGGGGUUAUUUUACUUUGUUUAAAUAUGUAUGUAUUAGUGUUUUUAAAUGUAUAAGUUAUAUAGUAUAUUUUGGACUCUGUUGUGUGUAUUCUAAAUGUUCCUCAAGUAGACACUACUUUUUGUACAUCAAAAUGAAUAUAUGUUAAUGUAUUAAUAUUAACUCUAGUUAUUAGUUUUAAAUGAAAAGAAUACUACUUUAGCCUUGACAAGAUUUGUUAUAAAUAUUUAUUAAAUGAUGUCAAAUUGUUAUUGAUAUAUUUGUGACAGUGCAUGUCAAAACCCAGAUUUAUAAGUAGAUUGAUUUAAGUCUACAAAAAAAUUUUAAUUUUAGUGCAAUACUUCCAUUAACUUACAUAUGUUAUGCUGCAAAGUCAGAACAAAAACUAAACUUUUAUUUGGACAGUGAUAAGAAAGUCUUUUUAAAUAACAACAUUUAUCAUAUUCGAUAAAAAAAAUUACCACUACCACCUCAAGUUACUUUUUAUUUCCCAGGAGACAUUUCCUCUUUACUUGCAGUAUAAAUUAGAGAAAUCACAUGGCAACAAACACUGGUUGUACAAACUGUCUUUACUGUGCAUAAAUGUACUUGUAUCUCUUUAUAACUUUCUGGCAUUUGGUAAACUUUAAAACAUACAAAUGCUUAAAGAUUUAUUUUAUUGUUCUGCAUAAUUCUGUCCUGGAACAUGCUUUAUUAAUAAAAAUUUCAAAUGCAUUGUGUAUCACGGUCAAAAUUAUGCUAUUUCAAUUCAAUAAGGACAAAAGGAAUGUUUAGGUCUAAUAUGUGAUAAAUCUUUACGAAUAUAAACAAUUUAUAAAGAAAAACUCAAAAAUAAAUCUAGUAUUUGUUGAAUAAUACACAAUAUUUAAGAAUAUAAAAAAAGCUACAAAAAUUGUUCCAAAACUAAAUGUGCUACCUGAACAGUUUGACAACACUUAUCAGUUCUUUUUUUUAGUGUGUACCUUGCUAUUGUUUUAUCUGCUGUAGGGGACUGUUCAGCCUGUGGAUGAAACCACACAUUCGUAAAAAUGCAACUAAAUGGACUGAGUGAAUCUGUCAGCAAUGUACCUUCUGCAGUAGCAAAUAUGUUGAGUACAAAAUAAAACAUAUUGAAGUUAAAAGAAAAUGCAAUGUAAACUAUUGCAGUAAUCCUUGUAACAGUAUUUGUUUUUUUAUAAUUUUUGUUAGUGUAUUAUGUUGUAUAUAAAAUGUUUACGUAAGUAAUAUUAAUAUGUAUAGUUUGCUUAGUUUUGAAGACUGCAGACACACAGUGUGCUUUAGUAUACAUUUGAAAAUUAAGAUUAGAAAAAAGGUUUUAAGGAUUUUUAUAAGACUUAUGUUACCAUGUACACAAAUUGUACCACGUGCAGAACUAUACCUUUGAACUUCUAGGUAAAAAUUUUAACAAAAUUGUGUUUGCAGUCCAAACAAAAAAUUAACAUACAUAUAUGUUCAUUCAAACUAAGGUUUUCUUUUUAAAUACUGAUGUGGUUACUACAUUUUUGUAAUGUAUGUCAAAUAUUCACAAUGCCAAGAUUAAUAAAAUACUCUCAAAUAUGUGCAAAGAUUUUUCUCUAAAUGCAAAGUUUGUACCAGAUGCUUAACACACUGCCUUCACAAGACAAGGCACAAAGCAGUGCCAAUAGUGUCAGCAAACAUUAGCACUAAAUACAAAUUCAGAUGUGCAAACAAUCAUCACAAAUGCUCAAACCAGUGGUUUUCCAACCUUAUAAUUUGUUUUAGUUUAAGGGUUAACUUACCAGAUUUCUGAGCACAAGUGUGGAUUUGCGGUUGACCACAUUAAACUUAAAAA